GUAAGAAGAAGGUGUCACUCUAUGACAGUCAGGCUCCCAUCUGCCCCAUCUGUCAGGUGCUGCUGCGUCCAGGAGAACUUCAGGAGCACAUGGAACAGGAGAUGGACAGGCUCACCCACAUGCACAUCAGCAAGAACUCAUCACACAAGGACAUCAAUGCAGCUCCAGGCACACCGAAGUCUCUCCUGUUGUCAGUGCACAUCAAACGUGAGGGCGAGUCUCCAGUUGUGUCCCCGCUCUCCUCUGAUGAAGCUCACCAUUCUGACAGAUACCAGACAUUUUUACGAGUUCGAGCUAACAGGCAAACACGAUUGAAUGCCCGGAUUGGGAAGAUGAAGCGCCGAAAGCCUGAGGAUGGACAGGUAUGUCCACUGUGCAGCGCCCCGCUGACAGGAACGGAGGAGGAAAUGAGUAGGCAUGUGGAACAAUGUCUGUUCAAGAGGGAAGGUGGAACAGAAGAGGAUUCUGCCGAUGUCGAAGGGGAGAACGGAACGCGGUUUGAGGAGUACGAGUGGUGUGGACAGAAGAGGGUCCGAGCUACUACGUUACUGGAAGGUGGUUUCAGAGGGACAGGCUUUGCCAUGUGUAGUACGAAGGAGAGCCAUGAUAGUGAUGCAGACCUGGAUGUGGAUGGAGAUGACACACUGGAGUACGGCAAAGCCCAGUACACUGAAGCAGACAUCAUUCCUUGUUCUGGAGAGGACCAGGGAGAGGCCAAAGAACGUGAGGCACUGCGUGGGGCUGUUUUGAAUGGUGGUGUGCCAUCCAAUAGAAUAACACCAGAGUUCUCAAAAUGGGCCAGUGAUGAAAUGCCAUCCACCAGUAAUGGUGAGAGCAGCAAACAGGAGCCGAGCUCUUCAUCUUCGUCCUCCACGCCGAGGACCUGUAAAAACAGUGAGAUCGAGAAGAUAACAGAGGACUCGACAGCGACCACACUGGAGGCACUAAAGGCCCGCAUACGAGAACUGGAAAAGCAGAUCCUCAGAGGAGACCGAUACAAGUGUCUCAUAUGCAUGGACUCGUAUACAAUGCCUCUCACCUCCAUCCAGUGUUGGCACGUGCACUGUGAAGAAUGCUGGCUAAGGACUCUGGGAAACAAGAAGCUCUGCCCACAAUGCAACACCAUCACGUCGCCAGGGGACCUCAGGCGUGUCUAUUUGUGAGCAGAACAGCCCGGAUUCUUUUUUUUUGUUUUGUUUGACUUUUCGUUUCCAUUUUUGCUUAUGUUUUUGGUUCCCCCAGCGCCUUAGGGAGUGAAAUGUCGUCCUGACCACGAGAGGCUCGAGCACAGACUCUUACUGACUUUAAAAGGGGACGGACUUCACAAGCAUUGGACUAAUGAGGACUGUGUAGACUCAGUCCUCUAAUAUAAUUGCUUAUUUGAAGAGUCUUCCAGCCUCCCUCUUGUGUUGGUCCAUGUUCCAUUCUCUCCAGAGUCAGCUUGGUUCCUUAAUGAGGAACCUGUUCUUCUCAGAUGAAGGAAAGAGAACUCAAUCUGUCCCUCCACCCGCACUGCUGCUGCUGCUGCUGCUGUUCUUCAGCUCCCACUGUCGCUACUUCUUCACCACUGACGUCAGCCUGACAAUAAGAAGAGACUUUAAAUGGCCCACCCUAGGCUCUCCAGAACCCCCUCGAUCUUGAUUGUUCAUUGUGUUCACGUUCGCCCCAAAUCAUAACUUCUUUUGUGGUUGUUCUAGUGAUGUCAACCAAAUUCAAUGAAUCUGUGCAAGCACAUGUAUUAUAGUCUGUAUGUUUACAGUGUUGUGAGUGAAUGACAUACAGAACUAAACACACUUGUAUACACGUGCACACAUGGACAUACACAUGCACAUACAGAAGUAUAUAUUGAAUAAAAGUCCAGUUUUAAUUGGGGGUGGUUUGGGUCGGUCGGGAGGGGGAAAUGUUUCAAUCUUGGUGAAUAAAAAAAAAAAGGAAAAAGAAAACCCUGUGUAUUUUCAAAGCAGAUGUUGUUGUCUUGAAGUUAAAGUUGUAUUGCAUUGUACAGGAAGAAAUUUAAGUAAUGAUAAUAAACUACUCGAACUAGGACUUAAAAGAUUUAGGUGUAUGUUUUUCACUGAAAUAUGCAGUAAAAACUGUAGAUUUAAUCCUGAAACAAGGGAAAGUAUCUUUCUUUUUCUUUGCUUUUUUCGAAGAAAUUGAAAGAUUUGCUUUUAUUCACUCACAUUUUGACUUUAAUGCUGAAUGCCGUCUGUUACAAACAAUUGAAAUUAUUGAACAUACAAUAUUAAGACCCCUGACCAGUUGCAUAGACCAGGUUCUUCCCUCAGAAAAGGGACUUUUCUCAAAACAUCAAAUACUUAGGGUGGUUUCAUUUAUAAGUUACAUUCCGAUUUCCUCUCUGAGACUUUAUUUUUCCUUGAAGAAUGAACUGGAAGAGUCAAGACUUGUUUCCCUGACUGACUGACUGACUGCUCACGUUUUUCCCUAGGAGUGAGACCGUGUGCUUUAUAUUUGUACAUCUAUGUAUUCUGUGAUUUCUGUAUUGAUGUAAGUGCAAAAAAAGGAAGAAAUGAAAGAUCAUUGCUGAUCCCAACACCACAAUAAACAGUCAAAUGUUGCAUUUGUUAUAACUUAUUUCACUGUUCUUUAAAUCUUCACCAUAGCUGGGUCACAGUCAAGGACUGUGAAAACAGCUGUAGCAAUAUCCUUAAGAUUUACACUUAAAAUACUGUUUCCAGAUGUGAAAUACCUCUCUCUGCAACUAUUUUGUAAAUGAUUAGGGUUAACACUUUGUAUUCUUCCUUUGCCGAACAAUUCGUUCCUGCCCCAAAGAAGACCGAUUGCACAAGAUGAUUGUGUGCUAUGAAUUGUGUGUCUGUAUAUUCUUGAAAAUGGUACGUGUCUUUCCCGUUUGUAAGCUACAUUUCACAUGAAUUAAAUGACUGUAAAUCUGAA